AGUUUCGGCCACCUUAGUAGGAUGGAGUAGGGGGAUUGAAGGAAUGCCCAACACAGCCCUCCUUCUCCUCCGUUUGCUCUGAGCGGUCCCGCUGUCCCCGGGGAUUUACUUAAAAGUCCCACUGAGUUCUGAUAGUUGAACUCUGCCGUGUUGAAUAAGCUCGAUUCGCAUGUUGCGUGUAUCGCCACGCAUGAAACCCCGGAGAGACGGUGUCAGCUGGGCAUCCCUACCGUAGAUUUCACUUGCUCCCUCCUCUCAUGGAUAACGCGCUACAAGCAAGCCAAAGAUACUUCGCCGAUUUUGAGCACCAAAACGAUUGAAACCAUUUAGCAGGUUGCAAAUCACACUACGACACUUAAGUAUGACGAAGGAUCCUUCAGCUGAAGUUCUCUUCGAAAAAAGAGGGUGUGCUGGCAUUAUUACCAUGAACAGACCAAAAGCUCUGAAUGCACUUACUCUUUCCAUGAUUCAACAGAUCUAUCCCCAGUUAAAGAAGUGGGAGCAGGAUCCUGAAACUUACCUAAUAUUAAUAAAGGGAGCUGGUGAAAAAGUGUUCUGUGCUGGAGGUGAUAUAAAAGCUAUCAGUGAAGCAGGAAAACAUGGCGACAGAUUAACAAAAGAUUUUUUUAGAGAAGAAUACAUAUUGAACAAUGCCACUGGUACCUGCAAGAAACCUUAUGUGGCACUUAUUGAUGGAAUUACGAUGGGCGGUGGUGUGGGCUUGUCUGUCCAUGGGCAUUUCAGAGUUGCUACAGAGAGAACCGUUUUUGCAAUGCCAGAGACAGCAAUAGGUCUUUUCCCUGAUGUGGGUGGAGGCUAUUUCUUGCCAAGGCUUCCAGGGAAGCUAGGCUAUUUUCUUGCUCUUACAGGAUUUAGGCUGAGAGGAAGAGAUGUCCACACAGCAGGAAUUGCAACUCAUUUUGUAGAAGCAGAGAAGAUGGCUGCUCUCGAAAAAGAUUUGAUAGAAUUAAUAUCCCCCACAAAAGCAAAUGUUGCAGAUGUUUUGGAUUCCUAUCAUAAGGAGUGCAAACUUGAUCAAGAAAAAGAAUUUAUCCUUGGUGAACACAUGGACAAAAUUAACAGUCUUUUUUCAGCGAACAGCAUGGAAGAAAUUGUCCAAAACUUGAAGAAAGAUGGAUCUCCUUUUGCACUUGACCAAUUAAAGACAAUUGCUAAAAUGUCCCCAACUUCACUCAAGAUAACUUUCCGUCAACUUAAAGAGGGAGCUUCUUUGAACCUGCAAGAUGUAUUUACAAUGGAAUAUAGAUUGAGUCAAGCAUGCAUGCAAGGCCAUGACUUCUUUGAAGGUGUCCGAGCAGUACUUAUCAACAAAGACCAUUCCCCUAAAUGGAAGCCAGCUGUUCUUGAAGAAGUAACAGAUGAACUUUUGGACUCGUGUUUUAAGUCUCUUGGAAGUGAUGACCUCAGAUUAUAAUAAUGUUUUACUAAUGUAAAAUCAAAGUCUGUAUUAUAUAAUCCAGUAAAAUGUAUGAUGAAUUUAAUCCAAUAAAUUAUUUCAUCAUGUAAAAAAAGAAUUUGCAUUGAUUGAAAUGCUUUGAAGAAGACUUAUGUUUUUCAGAGACAAACAUCAUUCCAGAUUCUAGGAGUUUGGUACCUAUACGUUUUUAUUUUUCUGUGAAAACUGAAUGUA